UGCAUGCUGCCGUCAUUGCAAUUAUUGAAGCUGUGAAGAAGGGCAUCGCAGAGGAGACUCUUAUAACUCUGAAGGAUCCAAAAGCCGUUUUAACCUCUGUGGAUGAUAGGCUGGCCGACAAUUACCAAAAGGAACUUUGGGAAGCCAAGCAGAAAAAGGAAGAGGAGAGUAUCCUUCUGUCUGAAGAGGAGGAACUCCUGACCCAAGUAGACAUCCAAGGGAGCAUCGAUAAAGUCAACAGGUUUUCCGCUAUCGAAGAAAUCAAUGCUGUGAUUCGAGAAGGUCAUCCCAGUGACACCAUGACUGCACUCAUGAAACCUGAGGCCCAGCUCCCUCCCGUUCUUCCAUUCGCUGCCGUUAUGUAUCAGAAUGAGCUGUUCAACCUUCAGAAAGAGAAUUCUCUGCACUACCUUUCCCCCGAGGAGGUGUCCACAACUGUCGAGAUGGUGUCAGGUGUUGCUUUGCUUAACCAAGCUUUGGAAACUGAGGACCUUUUGUUGACACAGGAGCGUCUCAGAAAUCCUUCAGUAGAUUUCCAUGACCUGCAUGAAGACCACCUGGAACG